GUUACCUUAGAGCGGUAAACAUUCGAUAGUGAAGCUCCUUGCUCUUAUCGAGACGUCCUUGGUAUCUAUCCAUUCAUUAUUGUUAAACGGCUUUCUUGUUCGUUUCCCAAAUAUACUUAUCAAUACGCACAUUUUCCUCAUUAACGUAAGAUGUCAGGUCAGUCACAACGUGGAAAGACGAAGUCUUUGAGAGCUCGAAAUCAGCGUAUGUCAAUGCCCCCCAUUAAUCCUUUGCGUGUGGCGCAUGCUCAGAAUGCCUCAAAUGACAACUUGGGGAUAUACGCGAACCCCAGACUAACGUAUAUUCUUGGACGCCAUGUUAUUGGAAAUGUGGGGGAAAUCAUUACUAUCGAAGACGACCAUGUUCACGGUGUGAUAAAGGCUAUUUCUCCUUCCGCUGACCUCGGUAUAACGUACGCUCAAGUUGCACAAAAAAAUGACAAAAGUAAUCGUAAGAACGUGUCUGACAAAACCAUUCUCUGGACAGAAAUUAAAAUGGUUCAGAUAUCUAACGUUAAAAGGUUGGACUGCCUAGUCGAUGAUAUAAAAACGGACAGUGAGAUCGCCAAAGACUGUUCAACUAACAACUUUGUGGAAGACAAGGAGCUGGUGCCGUUCUUUGCUUCGUCUGAUGUUGUUAAAGACUGUUUACUUGAUCAGGGAAGCUUUUCUGCGAUGGAAAUGUUUGAGACAAAUGAAAAAAUGUUCUCUGUCGUUUCCACGUAUAAUGACGAUCUCCGAGAGUAUACGACACCUGUUGACAGGUCUGCUCCAAAUUUCUCUGAAACCGAAGCGCGGUGUGCAAAACUGGCGCAAGACAUCACAGAAAAUUCUUCAUGUGUUAGUUUAGUUGACAAUGAAGAUAUUGGGAUGGAAAAUGAGGAGGAAAAGUAUAGUGCUGUUAGACGCAACGGGACAGUCCAGAACUCGAUGCGGAAUGCGAAAAGCAACUCCCGAACAAAUCUAGCUCCUGCAGAAACACAAGUGAAUUGCCUUGGCAGUCAACUGUCUCAGGUAUGUAUUCAGUCAAGUAAGCCCAGUCACACCGAAGCUGUUCGUGUGAGUAUAUCUGUUGGGGAUGCACUAAAGUCAGACGUUGUUCCACAAGUUAAUGGAAUAUCUAAAACCAGCACCCAAGCCGAUAAAGAUAAGGUCAAACUAUGUCACGACCAACCUACUAAAGUGUCUACACCUACUUGCGUGUGCACGUCAGCACUUGUAAAAACCAAUGUUGUUGAUGUACCUGUGUCGUCUGUUAGUAAAUCAAGCAGUACUGAAGAGCGUGUUAAGAAGUCAACACUCGAUCCCAACGCUCCCGAGUUCCAGCCUAUGGGUUUGUCUUAUACUUCACAUUCUGUUGCUACUAUGCCUCCUACUCUUCAACCCAGUUUACCUACUCUAAACAUGCCUAUUCCACAUUACGUAUCAACGGUAAACGUUAUUUCUCAAGCCUCUCAAUUACCGACACAAGCUACGUUUAUUGCUGCAGGUCAGCACAUGUAUGCACCUUACUCCUAUGGUCACCAGACACAUAUUCAACAACUACUACCUACUCCAGUUUGUUCCAAUGGACCUGGCACAAACCCUCAGCAUGUCCGAGGUAGUGCACUACCCCCGUCUGUUAAUCAACAAAGCUAUGUCACUCAUGGUAGUAAUAUGAUGCAUCAGUUGGGACAGAAUGCUACAUUAGGGCAGAUUAUUACAACUCCUCAGGUGAUUACAGGUCAAAACUCCACAGGUCGCCUUCCAGUUUGUCCUUCGUCUUCCGUCAACUUCACACGCCAACGUUCCAAUGAUUCCCCUUCUUCGGUAACCCACUGUACAUCGUAUCCCGUCCAACAGUCAACUAUGUCUAUUCCCACCUUCCAGUCACAAGCACUAUACCAGUUACCUCAACCAAACGGUACGUUCCCUUACUUGGUUUCCAGUCAUCCUCCAGUGGGACUGCAGUUCCUUUCUGGUUUGCCUACUGCUGUUAGUUCUGGUUUGAUGAUGGGAGGUGUUCACGUAUCACAACCUUCUAGUCAGCAAAUAUGCCCAACCAUCAUGCAAAUGCAACCUGCGCAUCUACAAAUCCCUGUUGGACAACCAGAACAGAUUAAUCAAACAACUACACCUCAACAAACCUCCCAAUCUCAGCAAUUAUUCUCUCAACACUUUCAAGAUCAAUCCCACUCCAUCCAAAUCCCUUCAUACGCAAAUCUCCAAGCUCCAUAUCAUCAUAAUCUAAUGUUCGCUCCUCAACAGAAUUCCCCUGGGUUUUAUCCCGGGCCAUCUGCAAUGAUAGCGACACCAGGAGUUAAUCAUAUUGCUUCUGGCUUAUCACCCAUUGUUGGCCAACCGAAUCCUCAUCAACUUGGUGCCAGCGUGGCAAAUCAGUCGAAUCAAUCCGACUCUUCUUCAACCGCCUCCCAGCAGUUACAGCAGACUCAUAUUAUGUCUCAACCGAAUUGCCAACCACAACAAAUGUUACAACAUUACCCAGCAAUCCCUCAACCUCAUCUGCUACAAACACAGCAACUGUCCGCAGCUCAACAUAUAGCCGGUCACCAUAUCCCCGGCAACCACACCUAUCAUGCGCUAAUGGCAGCAAUGGCGGCCGGUGGUGGAGUGGGAGCUACACAAGCUCAUUAGUUACUGGGUGUUUUGUAAUGCCGUUGACUGACAAGUAAUUCUAAGACAAACUCCAGCGCUUUGUAAACUACCCGAUGCCUUUCAUUCUUGACACUAUCUUAAGGUGUCUCAAGUAGUACUUUGUUGAAUCGAUCUCCAGAAAUGUGCAGGUGUAAUCUCAAAUCAUCGUGGUUUUUCCUGUUUCUGCAGGGUGUUGACAAUGAGUCCUAAAUUGUUGUAGAUGAUUCUGCUCAAAUUGUAAAGUUCGCUUGUAUGCAAAGUUUAGUAAAAUAUAUUAUCGCUAAGCAAAUAAUAUUUAUUACUGGGUUCGUAGCGUAUUUUCUUUUACCUAGAGCUGUGGACUGCACUACAACUUUAGAUUUAAUUCAUAAACAGUUCAGACGCGUCACUCAAGUCCGUUUUGUGACAAAUCUUGCGACCACUAGACGUUAGUAACAUCCAGUAAGUUAUGGACUCCAUCGUACGCCGACCCUGGUGGGUUUCCCGUGGGCUGACGCAUUUUCCGGUGUGGUUAGUGCCAUUCAGACUUGCAGUGAUACUGUGUGCUGAAGUAGUUUAUUUACCAGUAGUUGGGUGGCGAUAUACAGCGUGGGUCCGUCCUACCGGUAGGUCUAGCUUCGGCUCCGUAUUUCGACACGGUACAGAGACUGGCCUGGUAGUCGGAUUUCUGGAAAAUUUGAGCAAGCAAAUUGUUCCAAUGUUUUCUAAACGUGAGAUCAUUGUAAAGUUACACGUGGCAGCUCCCUUGCGUGGUGAUUGCUUUGGUGCAGUGAUUGUCCGUAGCAAUUUCUAAAUUCGCGGCUUUUGAGGUGAGUGCAUGGCUGGUGUAAUCUUGCAUCUUUCUCUUGCGUGUUAUUAUCCCGCAUGCUUUCGCGCGGAUCCGUCCCUUGCCUGGACCUAAAUAUUCAUGUCAAGCCUUUGGAGCGAUGAUUAGGGUGUUUGAUUCCCGCCUUACACCUUCAGCAACUCUGGUCAGUGUGAUGUCACUACCUCUCAUUAAUGGUAUGCCUAAGCGAACUAAUGACAGGGGACAUAAGAAGAUUACACACGCGAAUGCCUUGCCUGUCGUUUGGAGAGUCGGACAUUCCUCGAGUUCUUACCUCUCUAGCAUUGAAUGGACGACCAUUUGUCUUAUUUCCACGUAGGUUAGCUCCUCUUAACUCGAAAGUCUCCUAUACCUGCCUCAUUCUUCAAUCACGAAAUAAGUAUUUAGAUGAAGUCGACCGGAUUCAGGGAGUUUAUUUACUGAUAGUGAAACCGUCGUUUAAUAUAGAUUAAUGGCGACUAGACGUUCAUCAUGCAUCGUAAGCAGUCCUACUGUCACCAACGAUCAGAAAAAUUUGCGUUAAGCAGGUGCUAGUAAUACGUUGUUCUUAUCAGUGUCCUAAAUGUCAACACCAUAUGAAAUCAGGCACGCUCUAUCUACCUACACCCAACAUAGCAUGCGUAAUUAAGAAAGCAAAUGCAUAGCUAGAUAAGUUUAUUUAAAAAAUAUGGCUAAAAUACAGUUUUAAGAACCAACGCUCAAUUGGACCUUUUUUAUUACUAUUCAUAGUCGUAAUAAGCGUUCUGUGAAACCUGGAUUUUAAUAAAGAUCAACCUUUACAGUAGUGUUAAACUGCUUUCCUUUUUAACUAACUGACAAAAUUAAUUGAAACUUGCUGCAAUUCUCGUCAACACUGAACUCUGCACCGACAGAACAACAAUCAAAAACUCAUUUGGAGUUACUACUGCGUUAUCUCCCCUCACAUAUGGGAAUAACUUUGCGCUGAGAUGUCAGUAUUUUGCAGUCUUUUGUUAUAGUGAACAAUAAAAUCCUGGAAGCUAGUGACUAAAACAAAAAGAACUUUCACUUAGUAUGCUUCUAUUAGACCUGCACUUUCGAAAUGCCAAGCAGUGUAAAGUGGUUGACCGCUUCAGGCUAUAUGACAUGUGACAAAAUCUAGCGCAUAGAGUUAUCAUCCAUUAUUCACGUUUUUAUGGCCAUCUGAAAUAUGUAGUAAUAAUUCAACGAAUUUAGCAGACUUACAAAUCCGUACCUUCUUGCCGAAAGCAUUCAUCCGACGUUCGCAGCUCCUCUUGCAAACUGGACAAAAAAGUUGGGCUUCACUGUGCAUCAGACUUGGACUGAAACAUGAGCUGCAUAACUUUGGCACUAAAGUCUGGUAUUGCUGACCACGUUUGAUGCAGAACAAGAUUUAGUUUCGCGAAUUUAAAGCAAAUUACAAAUGUGACUUACUCAGCCGCAAACCCACUGCCAACAUGAGUUGACGGCAGUGUUCCUAGUUGUGUAGAACUUAUUUAUAAGCAUAAAUAAAACAUCUACGAAUCC